AUUAAUUAAUUAAUUCGAAGAAAUCCGUCCGUCCGUCCUUUGUUCUACUGACUAUCUUCCUUCCUCCAUUCAUUCAUUGACUGUUGUUUUCUUCUCCGCCUCGCCUCGCCUCAGAUCAGCGCUCUCUCUCUAUCGUCUCUGUCCUUCCGCACCUGAAUCGAACUCCUUACCCAUUAGGGUAACAACGGUAGUUCAGUUCAUCGAUGCAUACAUGUUUACGAUCGUCAAGAACUGAAAACAUCCAUUAACAAUUGAACGGAACGGAACGGCAAUCACUUCACUUUGAUCCAGCAGCUGAGUAAUUGCGGACGGCUCAGCUCGUUCGUUCAUGGAGAUCUACGAAAUUCUCUUCUCAUUGUCGCAGCCAUCAGCCUUAUAGCGAGCCUUCUUUCCAAAAUUCGCAUUGAUUCAGAGAGAGCGAGAGAGAGAGAGAUUUUCCGAUUUCCAUCCGAAUCUGAAUGGGAGCUGAGAAGAAAUGGCUCUUCAUCCUAUUCUCCGGUGCGUUCGUCACAUUCCUCAUAUUUGUGUCUUUCAUUUCUGGCUUCAGUAGUUCUUCGUAUUACUAUGGUUUCCCGGCCAGCAAGCCCUACCCUUCCUCGGUGCAUCACGGCCCGGAGUAUCCCCCGGUGUUCGCCUACUAUAUUUCCGGCGGGAAGGGGGAUGCAGAGCGGUUGUUUCGCCUGUUCCUGGCGGUGUACCAUCCGAGGAAUAGGUAUCUGCUGCAUAUCACGGCGGACGGGAGCGAUGACGAGAGGAUGAGGUUGGGGGCAUUGGUGAAGUCUGUGCCCGUAGUUCGGGCGUUCGGGAACGCCGAUGUGAUCGGGAAGCCCGAUCCGAGCACUUACAUGGGGUCCACCAACAUUGCGGCGGUUUUGAGGGCGGCCGCGGUUCUGUUGAAGCUGGAUGGAGGGUGGGAUUGGUUUGUGGUUCUCAGUGCCAUGGAUUAUCCUUUGAUUACACAGGAUGACUUGGCCCAUGUGUUCUCCUCAGUAAAGAGAGACCUAAACUUCAUCGACCAUACCAGCGACCUUGGAUGGAAAGAGCAGCAAAGAAUUCGGCCAGUUGUAGUGGACCCGGGUAUUUACUUGGCUAGGAGGACUCAAAUCUUUCAUGCAACUGAAAAGAGGCCAAUGCCUGAAGCUUUCAGGGUCUUCACUGGUUCUCCAUGGGUUGUCCUAACCCGGUCAUUCCUCGAGUUCUGCAUUUUUGGAUGGGACAAUCUCCCUCGGACGCUACUAAUGUAUUUCAACAACGCUGUUUUGCCUCAAGAAUUCUAUUUCCAUUCGGUCGUCUGCAAUUCACCAGAGUUCAAGAACAUCACUGUUAAUGCUGACCUGAGAUAUUUUGUGUGGGACGACCCGCCCAAGAUGGAGCCACAUUUCCUCAACUCCUCUGAUUAUCAGGAGAUGAUCAAAAGUGGAGCUGCAUUCGCGCGGCAGUUUGAAAGAGAUGGACCAGUACUGGACAUGAUUGAUAAGAACAUAUUGAAGCGUGGGCAUAACCGAGCCACACCGGGGGCUUGGUGCCAAGGCCGUCGGGGCUGGUUGAUGGACCCAUGUUCGAAAUGGGGCGAUGUGAAUGUGGUAAAGGCUGGGCCGGGGGCUAAGAAGUUUAAGACAUCGUUGAAUGGAAUACUUGAUGACUGGAAGGCAGGGUCCAAUAGCUGCAUGUGAAUGUGAGUUGAGGGGGGAUGAAAAUAUGCACAUUCUUUGGUUUAGCUGUGGAUGCAAGAAAUUCUUUUGUUGGAGGAGAGGGACAGGGACAGGGAUUAAGUCUUGGGCUGGCAAGCAUCAGCAGUAGCAGGUGAGUGUUGUUUGUUGUACUUGUACAGACAUGGAGGAAUUUCGUUUCUCUUCUAUACACUUUUAAUUAGUUACCAACA